AUGGAGGACUCUGCCAAUGAACGCCGUGAAGAUCGCGGUCCGAGAAUCCCCCCUGCAAAAUUGACAGCCCUUGAGGAAACCGCAACCUACAUCUCCAUCUUCUACAAGAAAGACAAAAACUCCGCCUCGCAGCUAGUUGAUGGCAGACUCUCUCGCGAGGUCGCCAUGAUCUUCUGCGACCGUAUUCGUCAUGACCUCAUGGACAACAACAGCAAGUCUUUCACCGUCACCGGUAUCGACGUCAAGGGCCUCAAAUAUGUUCUUGACUGGAUCAAAACGAGCGUUCAAGAGAAGAAAACUGCCGACUUUGAGAAGUUUGACCAAGAGGACCCAGAUGUCUUCCUCAAGUAUCUCAACGCUAUAAUAGCAGCCAACUACCUCGGAAUCCCCGGGCGUGACUUCGCCGACAAUAUGACAAAGGUCAUGCUGGGUGUGGCCCGUAAAGUCCGGAUGAGCUGGGACCAUGUCGAGUACUUUCUCUAUGACCCUGAGUUGGCCAACUGCAGCGACCAAGUCCGUGGUAUCGCCACCGCCAGCAUCUUCUAUGCCUGGUGGAGCUACAAGCUCACCGAUGAAGACACCCCUGCUGACAUGAAGUAUCUCUCCUGGCUUCGUGAUCAAGACGAGAAGUUGGAUGCAGACUUGCACGACUGGUGUGUACGCAAUCAAGAGGAAAUUGAGAGAAAGCGGGCCGAGAAGAGAGCCAAGAGAAGAAAAGAAGCUGGUGGUGGCGGUGAAGAUGCUGGAACCGGUGAGGGCUGGAACAACGACGGUGCUGGAGUGGGUGGUGGUAGCGGAUGGGAUACGGGAAAUGCAGACGCUGCGCCUAUGGCUUCUGGUGGAUGGGACAAUCCUCCC